GCUUUUCGCAGACGGUGCGGUAUAUAAAAGCCAUUACUGCCAAAGUUAUCACAUCACAAGCGUAAACUACUUUAUUACGUUUCGUGAGUCGUUAACAGUUCAUAUUACAAGUGAAAUGUCUGCAGUCAAAGUGCCGAAAGUACUUCUGAACGAUGGAACGUAUAUGCCCAGUAUUGGUUUAGGAACUUGGGGUUCUGACUGGGGAGUCACAUUUGGUCAACGAGAAAGAGGAGCCAUUGAACAGGCAGUUAAAGAUGCUAUCGAUCUGGGAUAUUUACAUAUCGAUACAGCACUUGUUUAUGACACAGAAAAGGAAGUCGGUAGCGCAAUAAAUUCUAAAAUUCAGGAUGGUGUUGUGAAAAGGGAGGAUUUGUAUAUCGUCAGCAAGUUAUGGAACACAUUCCACCGUCCAGAUUUAGUGCGAGGGGCUUUGUUACAGUCACUGAAGAACUUGAAUACACCCUAUUUGGAUUUGUACCUAGUUCAUUGGCCGUUAGCGCACAAAGAGGAUCAAGGCCUCUUUCCAGUUGACGACCAAGGUAACACUUCAUAUUCGUUUGUCGAUUUUGUGGAUACUUGGAAGGAAAUGGAAAAACUAGUAGAUGAUGGAUAUGUUAAAAGUAUCGGAAUUUCGAACUUUUCCAAGGCACAAACUGAACGACUACUAUCUAGUGCACGGAUAAAACCAGUCACAAAUCAAGUUGAAUGUCAUGCAUAUUUGACUCAAACAAAAUUGAGUGACUAUCUUCGAUCGAAAGGAAUUACUAUAACUGCUUAUGCCCCCUUGGGAUCGCCAGCUAGACCUUGGCUUGAAUCUGUGGAACCAGUUUUACUCGAAGAACCGACGAUCUUGCAAAUAGCUGCCAAGUACAAUAAAACACCAGCUCAAAUAGCUCUACGCUACCAAAUUGAGAGAGGACACAUUGCAAUUCCAAAAUCAUCAAAUAAAGUUCGAUUGUCUGAGAACAUUUCAAUUUUCGACUUCAACUUAAAUGAGGACGAGUUGGUGGAACUGAACAAACUGAACAAAGACAAGCGAUACUUUUUGAAUGACGUUAAUGCCAGCCACCCAGACUAUCCAUUCAACGAUGAAUACUAGAAGUUCGGAAGCGAGAGGGUCAGAUCUCACAUUUGAAUAUGUAAUUGAUUCUAGUUCAUUUUAUGAAUAAAUUUGAUGACUAAAGAAUA